GCUAUAGUGUGUAAGGUUAGUGAGUAGGCUAUCAUGAAUUAGCACUGUUGAAAUUAUUUUGUAAAAAAUCCUUGGUUUUAUAAAAAUAGAUAGUUUUACUUAGUUUUACCUUUACAAGUAUCUAUAAUCAGGGAUUUGUUUACGUUGAGGAUUCAAGGGAGGAGGUAGGCCUAUGUCUGCAUUUUAUACAGAGCCUGUACCGGUGAAGGUGUACACAGUGGGGUGCCGCGGGAAUGCCAUUUACACUACGUGAUUCAGUUGAGGUGGGGUUUCCCAGAUGUAGGCUACCUUUGCUUACCUGUCACAUUGAAAUCUCAAGGCUAUGAAAAAUCUCAGAUAGGUACCACACUGGUUUGAACUAGAUCGACAUAUUGACAAAAUGGAAUCGCCUGUGAAGACAGGUUUCCAUAGACUGGAGAUAAAGAAAACAACAUGGGAUGUUCCGGAGCAAUAUAUCGAGCUGAAAGCAGUUGGCUCCGGGGCUUACGGGACAGUAUGUUCUGCUAUUGACCAGCAGACUAAGGAGAAGGUGGCCAUAAAGAAGCUCUAUCGUCCUUUUCAGUCCCUGAUCCACGCUCAACGGGCCUACCGUGAACUAAGACUGUUACGCCAUAUCCAGCAUGACAAUGUGAUCUGCCUCCUCAAUGUCUUCACACCUGAUUUCUCCCUGGAGAAAUUCCAGACGUUUUACAUGGUAAUGCCCUUUGUGGCUCAGGACCUCGGUCGCAUCAUGAAGAGGAGGAGACUGACCGAUCGCAUCAUCGUUUACCUCUUCUACCAGCUGCUACGUGGCCUGAAGUAUAUCCAUUCUGCAGGGAUCAUCCAUCGGGAUCUAAAACCUGACAACCUCGCUGUGAAUGAGAACUGUGAAUUAAAGAUCCUGGACUUUGGUCUAGCAAGACAUGCAGAGAGUGAGAUGACAGGCUAUGUGGUGACACGCUGGUACAGGUCACCAGAGAUCAUCUUCAACUGGAUGCACUAUAGCCAAUCAGUGGACUUGUGGUCUGCAGGCUGCAUCCUGGCUGAGAUGAUCACAGGCCAGGUUCUGUUCCCAGGCAAUGACAGCAUUGACCAGCUGAAGAAGAUCCUCAACGUUACAGGAACACCACCGUCCUCCCUGGUGCAGAAGAUGCAGAGCAAAGAUGCUCGCUCAUAUGUACAGAGUCUCCCUAUCCAAAAGAAGAAGAACUUCAAGGAGGUCUUUCCCUCCUUGGAUGUAAACGCUGUGAAUCUGCUGGAGAGCAUGCUGCUGCUGGACCCAGAGACCAGGAUGACGGCUAAAGAGGGCCUCUCACACCCCUACCUCUCUGAGUUCCAUGACCCAGAAUCUGAACCCGACUCCCCGUCGUACGACGACUCCUUUGAAAGCCUGAAGCUUGAUGUGGGAGAGUGGAGUAGUCUGAUCCACAUGGAGAUUAUGGCUUUUGACCCCAGCAACCCCAGUGCAACUGCAAUGUAGUGGACAGAUGCUACAGAGCACUGGCACCCCCCAGUUUUGGAACCAUGGGGGUUAGCAUAUGAAUUAUAAUAAUAAUAAUAAUAAUAUGCCAUUUAGCAGACGCUUUUAUCCAAAGCGACUUACAGUCAUGUGUGCAUAACUACAUGACAAACUAGAAUAACACGUUAUUACAUGUUAUAAAAAGUUUGUGUAUCACAUUUCACAACAUGAUAUAUGACUUUAUGAAACAUGAAACAUCAUACUGUAUGUCAGCAUUUUUAUGGAUCCCUCAUAUUUAAAGGGUAGGUCAUGCACUCUUAGAAAAAAGGUGCUAUCUAGAACCUAAAAGGCCAUAUUAGCAUGGGUAGCGCCAUUGAGGGCUACCACCAUUUUAAUGUAGUCAACUCAGUGGGACUUCCAACAUCAUUGGCUGAUCCCUCUUGGUGACCCUAUUGGAGU